UCGUAAAGCAAAGUCACUGUCGUGCUUGCAGCUCAGGAGUUUACGGUUGUAGACGAAAUCCACGUGCGUGCACUUCUGGAGGAGCAGGAGCUGGGGCGGAUACAGUGAACUUGCCUGAGACGCCGCCAAGUAAGAGCCGGCUUCCAUUUCCAGACGACUUCAGGAUGGCGAAAAGCUUGAGGAGCAAGUGGAAGAGGAAGAUGCGUGCAGAGAAGAGGAAGAAGAACGCUCCGAAGGAGCUGGCGCGCCUGAAGGCGGCCCUGGCUCUGGACGGGAAGGGCGACGUCUCCAUGGGCGACAUGAAGGAGGUGGCCACGGUGGUGUCCCCGGAGACGCUCAAACACAAGACACGGGACGUGCCGAUGGAGGAGGAGGCCGAGAGCACCUCCAAGAUGGAAACCGACAGCCAGCGCAAUAAGAAGACUCUGCAGGACGAGCACGGCCAGUACCCUGCUUGGAUGAGCCAGCGGCAGAUGAAGAAGCUCAAGCAGAAACGGGGGAAAACGGGGAAAGCAAAGAAGCCUAAAGGACUGGCUUGGUGAACAUUUGGUCAAGGGGCGUUGUGUUAGUAUAAAGAGCACGAGCAUUGGAGGUCAGGUUCCUACAGACUUAUCCUUUGCAACCUGAUAUGCGUACCUCAUAGAUCACAUCAGCUUCUCUGUUUUGCCUGAUGGGGAAACAGUUGCUUUAAUCUAGUGACAUUGUUUAAAUGUUGCACAUGUAUUGGGCAGUGGUACUGUUAAUUAUGUGUAAUAUGCGUAUAUUUGAGAAAACGCAAUCUAAUAGGCCAUUUUUGAUUGUGCUUUGUUUGGAAGAGAUUUCAGAGGGGGGGGGGCGUAUGUAUUAAGCAGACUGCCUUUCGUAUGUAUCUUUUAAAUUGAUAGCAUCAUAAAUAACCUUGGUUGAAAUCUCAUUGAUUAAAUCAUAGCACUGAUGUUCUUACAAAUUUUCAUCUGUAUAACAUUGCAUAUUAUAACCUGAUUGGUGAAAACCAAGAGCCAAAGGAUAUUUUAA